CAAAUCAGUCGCUACAUUCACAUUCGAUUCGAACGGUCUAACGUUCUGAAGCCUUUUGCUCUCUUCAUAAGCAAGCUGUCGUUUAGACUAUAGGUUGCGCUUAACCACACCCCGCUGUCGAAGCCCAGACCCCUCGGGAUAUUUUUAGCUCUGAUGAUGUCCGCUGUCAUCUAACGGAAAGAUCAUCCCGGGAAUCACAGAGCGAAUCGACACGGUGUCUCGCUUUGAGUCGCUUUAUCUAACAUGAGGACUCAAAGCGCUUUUAUUAUAUGGACUGCGAUGGUUCUUCAUGUAUCUGUCAUAAAAGGUCAGACCACAGACUCAUCCGCAGACGUGAGAGCCCCUCUGAAUGAACAUCGCAUGACUUCAGAAAGUGACAUUUUGGAAUCACGAGCCACUACAGCCUAUCAAAGCGUCUCUUCUCCUUCAGCGGAUUUCUCAACCGGCGAGGUCACACCUUCUGUUCCUCCUCCGUCACAGUCAUCCAAAGACGCAGUAGUGCACAAUGACACUUCUCCUUCACCAGCCAUCUCACAGACCCCUGCGCUACAAGAUGUCACCACCCUCAACACGGACACAGCCUCAGCACCAGCUUCUACUGCGAGCAGCCCGUCAGUUUCUUAUUUGAAGAGCACCAUUUCAUAUUCAGAAACCACCACAGCUCCUGCGACAUCCAUCAGUCCAAGUGAAGGAUCUCAGACUGUCUCUACUUCAGCCAGGAAUGUGACCCAGACAACACAAACAGCUCCAUCGUUUACCAUCACUUACCCUCAGACAUCUCAGGUCACCCUGACCAGCAGUUCAAAGGUCACUGGACCUGCUCCUUUGGAAAAAGACCAGGAUGAACCUUCUGAACUGGAUGUGGGGGAUCAAGAGUCAGGGAAGGUUCCCCACCGCCCUUCAUCUCCCCUGGACCCCCUGCUCGCCGCUCUGGUCACCAUUUUCAUUAUUUGUACAGCCAUGGUCUCGGCUGUCCUCUUCCUCAGGUUUCGCCAGAGGAGUGAGCAUCCAGAAUUCCACCGGCUUCAAGACCUGCCUAUGGAUGAUCUCCUAGAAGACACGCCAUUGUCAAGAUACACCUAUUAGCAAAAAUUCCACCAUUUCAUUAUUUAAUUCCUCAGGCAACUAGUGUUCCUUAAAGACGGCUUUCUCAACUGGUCUCUAAUUAUGGGUUUUGAUGAUUCUCAAAAGGUUUUGAUGAUAAAAUGUGGUUGUUUAAUAUUGGAAUAAAAAAUAAAUAAAUAAAAUAUGGGUUUCAGAAAAUAGAACAGAAUAAAACAAGAUAAUUAGUCUUAUUCUCUGUCUCUUAACAAACAGGUGUUUAGUUUGAGGAAAAUGUUUGAAUUAAAAAAAAAAACAGAACUGAUACUUUUGUCCCUAUGAUUCUCUACAAUCAUGUAGAGAAACUAUAAAAACAUGUUUUCUCUACAAACAUCACAUGUAGAAAAACAACUCAGAGCAUCUGCUGGAGAUAAUCUGCUUGUUUAUUUCCCUUUUUGGAUGCUAUAUUUGUACUUAGGGAUUUGCUCAAUAUUAUGACACUGUUACUAAGGUGUGGUCACAUUUACCACUGUUCAGCAAAUUUUUACAGCUGAAAUUCAAUCAUUUCAAAAGGAUUCUGAAAGGCAAAAGAUAUUCCCCAUGCAUAUUUGACAGUAUAGACAACAGACCUUCUUUGCCGACAGAAUUGUGCUAAUAUGACCACACCUUAACUAUUAUACAACGUUUAAUUCUAAAGGUCUAAAAUUUAUUGAAUCUACACAAGCAAAUAGUACUGCACUUUUGUUUUGUUUAGUUUUUUCCAGGGGCUUUGUUUCAUUUUCCAAGAGAAUUCUUGGGUUUAGCAUAAAUGUCUCUAGACUUUUGCACUGUUAGAGCUAUGACAUUGUAGUAGGGAAUAUGUUCAUUUUAUGUGACAGUGUUCUAGAAUGAGAGCAAAUUUGGAUUAAACUGAAUUGUGAUUUUGAUAUUUAUGACAAAGUUGAUUGUCCAGAUGGAUAAUGAAGGUACGUGAAAUAACUUGAAAUGUAUUUUAGCAUAUUCACUUCUGUCUACGCUGGUAUUUGUGGUAAACCUAGUGCCUAAUGUACUUUGUGCCAAAACUGAUUUGCGGUAAACAAACUGAUAAAUAUAUAUUGCACAGUUGUGUUGUUGAGAUGAACCUGUAAAGAUAAGAGUUUGUAAUAAAAGAAGAAAACUA